UUGAAACUUCUUCUGUUCUGGUGCAAAAUCUUGCCGAACUCAAAGAUCUUGCUUCGGUCAACCCCGUCAAGGUGGAUCAUGCAAUUCCUUUGGAAGAGCCUUUAGAUGAUUCAACUCGGGUCUUAAUGGAUGCCAAUGUUGAGUCCUCUGUUCACGCCGAGGUGGAUCAGGUUCUAGAAUCCAUCAUUGUAUUAUCUGACAAACCUGCCCCCAAGAAGCGUAAGAUUCUAGAACCUGAUGUCUUUCUUCCUUCAAAGCCU